GAACCAUUCUAAAAAUGCUUCAUUCAAUUCUCGCUAUUUUUGUCCUUCCUGUCGCUGUAAAUGCCGGUCUUUUUGAUUAUGGAUUAACAAUAAUGGAAAUGAAUUUAAAUUCAACUUACAAAUGCGAUAAUGCUCAACUUCAAUCAAAAAUGGAAGCGUGCGUUGCUCCAGCAAGACAAUUUUAUCAAAAAAGAAUUUUUGCUUUGAAUGGAAGGUUAAGAAUAUCAGAUUACUUGACGAUGUAUUAUAGUAUCAAAUAUUGCAUGGAACAGCACUACUUUGAAAUGGAAUGUUUUUCGAAGAUGAUUGAUGAGUGUUCUCGACAUUCAAAACACGGUUAUGUCGUUGAUGAACCCUUUUAUACAGGAUGAUAGUUUUGUUAAUAAAUACUCUGAAUGCCUAUCAUACUCCUAUCCGUUUGAAAGAAGCGAUACAUUGAAGGAGUUGGAAGUGUUGCACAAGAACAUGGAACAAAUUAUCAAUUGCGUUGACGGCUACGUAAAAACAAAAUACACAUCAAACAAUAGAAGGAAAGUAUCUUUGGCUAUUCAUACUACAGCUUCACUUUGGGAUAUAUCCAGAUAUGCCAUUAUUAAACAACAUUAAUGAGUUUAUUUUUUGAAAUGGCUUGAAUAAAUUACAUGUUCAUAUAA